CAGCGCCAUUUUGUCGACGCUCCGCUGAAUGAUGCAAGAAAGCAUUGUUUUUACUUUUUUUGAAUUAAUGCUAAUCUCCGUACCGGCAUAUAGAGGAAGAUAAAAUCAAAGCAGUGGAAAAUUUACCUAGAUUGAAGGAUAAAAGAAAAAAAAGCCAGCAAUAUGAGUGAUUUAAUUUUCAGCACAUGAGAUUGAAUAUAUUGAGGCAGACGAGGAAUAUGUACAGCAGAACCAGUCAGAUUUGGUGGAAACUGAGGUACAGGAUGAGGUUGAAGACCACUGGGAGCAUAACAGCAUUAAACUGAUGCUAAACUUGUAUUUACAGAAUAUUGAUAAGUUUAGGAAUCCAAAAAUUAAAAAGAAAAAUGUUUGGGUUGAAAUAUCAAAUGCAGUUGCUAAAGGUCCCGACAGUUGUGACAAGAAAUUCAGAAAUUUAAAACAGACCUACAUAAGAUUACUGAAGAAGAAAAAUAAGAAUGAAUUACUGAAAGUGAGGUGGCCAUACUUCACUAUAUUUGAAGAAAUAUAUAAUGUAGAUGGUGAAUAUCAACCAGAUAUACAACAAAAAAUUCAAGAGAAUACCACAGACAAUGUAGCCAAAGUAUUACUAUCCAUAAACACACCUACUUUCCAAGAUGUUCAUGAAAAUGGGGAGGGUUCUAGUAGUCAAAAUGAAGAGGUUAGACGGAAACAAAAUAAAAGAAGAUUCACAGAGUUCAGGAAAGUUACAUUAGAAAUGAGAGAGAGACAGAGAGUUGUGGAAGAAAAAUUAGAUAAACUAAUAAGUAUAGUAGAAGAGUCAAAUGGCAUACAACGCGAGCGGAAUAGACUAUUUGAAUUAUUUUUAGAAAAAUUAAAUAAUACAUGAUGUUACUUAAAAAUUGUUAUUUUGUUGUAUAUUUAAUGUAAUUAAUAACUAAUGUAUAAUAAGAUAUAUUUUUGUAUGAUAAA